ACAAGCUAAACUUGUCAAUGACUGUAAGAAGUGCUGACGAUUCAGAGGUCUAUUUUAAAUUUUCCUUAGAAGACUUCGCAUACCACAUCAGGCAUGGGGAAUCGCGUGUUUCAGCUUCUGUCUCUCACAGAAGUCUUCCUUCUCGUCUUGUCUGUGCCUUAUAAAUACACCCUAGUCCGUCAGGGGAAAAAUUGGAAUGAUGCUCGGACUUACUGCCAAGCCAAUUACAUUGACCUGGCUAUUGCUGGAGACACUAAAGACAUUGUCAAGCUUCAAAAUGAGGCACAGAAGCAACAAUUCACUUCCAGUGCUUGGAUUGGCUAUUACAAUGAUGUUAAUAGCUGGCGCUGGUCCCUGGGAAACCAGUCACUUGGAGACAUGACAGAUUGGUGUGCCAGUGAGCCUACCUAUAAAGUGGAAGAUUGUGCUGCUCUGCAUUCUCAGUGUUGGUUUGAUAUUUCAUGUUCAGCAACACUUGCCGCUGUGUGCUUUGAUGCCAAGAACACUGGGUCUAGCAGAUACAUUGUUAUUUCUACUACUAUGACAUUUAAUGAUGCUCAGAGUUACUGCAGACAACAUUACACAGACCUGACCAAUGUUACAACGGUAGAGGAAAAUACAAUUAUAAAAGGAAAAGUUACUGGAAGUUCUUGGAUUGGUCUGUUCAGAGACAUCUGGAUGUGGGUAGACAAGAGUAACUUCUCUGCCUUUGGUUGGUUGAGAGGAUCACCGUGGGAUGUUGGGCGAAAUGAUAAUUGUGGUACUAUUGUUAAUGGCCUUGUUGAUGCUGCACUAUGCUCUGAUAUACUGCCUUUCUACUGCCUCCGAGAAUUUACAAAAAAACAAAUCAUAAGAAUAAAGAUUAGAUCAAAUCAGGAUGUGAACGAUCCUGCAGUGAAGGCAGCAAUCUUACAGAAGAUCAAGCAAAAACUGGAGGAACAUGGGAUAUCAAAUAACUCCACAAUAAAAUGGAGAGAGCAACCAGAUGGCAUGGUGUUUUAAAAGAUAAAAGUAUCUAAGGCCAAUCAAAUAUGUAUAAACUAAUUUAGCAUUAACUAAGCAUUCUUUUUUAAAGAUAGAAUUGAACAGACCUUAAACUUCAGUGCUUUUUAGACUGCAAUUCUACAUAAAACAAUCAUAAUCAUCUUUAAUUAGUAGAUUUAAGCUUUAAACAAGCAUUUUAUCUUUCAUGAGAAUCAAUGUUUAAUGUGCUUUCAUAGAGAUGUUACAUUUACUGAUGAUUAACUAAACUUGUAUAUAUUAUUUAAUAACACCUGCUGUUAAUUACCCUCUUAAUAAUUGUGGAAGAAAGAUGGGUGUAAUUCUUUUUUCCCACCUGGAUUCUGAAUGUUAGUUUAAUUUUUGGGAUUGAAAUCUGUUAUGUUUUUUUGUUUUUAACACAAUUGUUAUUUAGGCUCUGAAAAUCUUAAUAUACAAAUAUGUUUUUUCAUUUUCAUUUCAUUGUCUGUACUGCUUAUCCAAUCUAUCUUCUGGUCAUGGGGAGCCUGUGCCUCAGGCGUUAUACAAAUAUGUGUUAGGUAUAAGUUUAAUAAGUUGGGGUUUUUUUUGCAGUACCUAACAGUAACUACAGAGAAAAUUGUGUAUAUGUACACUACCAGUCAAAAGUUUGGACACAC